AGAUACCGUCAAGAUGGCUGCAAAACUGGAUGACGUGGUUGCUCUCUCAGAGCGGAUCGAAACCGUCCUUAGCAACCCACAGGCGGUCACUGACCUUCAGGAUGACGGUCUCCGACGCAGAUUGCGCGAUGCGGGGCGGAAACUUAGCCUUGCCAUGGAGGCACCUGGAGACACCAUCCACAGGAUAGCUUACGCACCAAUGCAGCUUGCGCUUGCUCGUGUCGGGAUUGAUAUUCGACUUUUCGAUAUCCUGUCGGAGGGCAAUGGCUCUAGCUUCACCCAUGAGGAGCUUGCAAAAAAAACAAAAGUCGAUAUAGUUCUGAUGAAGCGAUUGUUAAGAUAUUAUCAGUCGGUUGGAAUGGUUUUGCAACUCGACGAAGAUACGUAUACCGCCACCAAUGUCACUGAGGCUUUAGCAUCUGAUGGCGGGCGUUACGGUGUUUACAUACAGUUUGACCUGCUGUCUCCAGCCAUCAUGGCAUUCCCCAAAUUCCUGCAGCAAAACGGCUACUGCAACCCGAUCGACCCGAGCAAAACUGCGUUCCAUCUGGGUAUGCAUACCAGCCAAACGUUCUUCCAGUGGCUCCAAAGUCAUCCGCAAGACUCGGAAAAUUUCGGUAUAUGGAUGUCUGCUCAGCGUGAAAGUCGUCCCAUCUUCCUUGACGUGAUGGACUUUGAACGGGAGCUAGGCCAAGGAACGAACAGUUCAACGGUUUUAUUUGUGGAUAUUGGAGGCUCUAAGGGCCAUCAAAGCAUCGCACUGCGACAGCGAUACCCAGACCUUCCCGGCCGCAUCAUCGUGCAAGACCUUGAGCACGUUCUUGCAGAAGCCAGACAGAAUCCACUUCGAGGAUUUGAGAGUAUCGAAGCGGAAGUUUACGAUAUGUUCUUACCGCAAACGAUUAAAGGGGCUCGCGCAUACUAUCUCCGCCAGGUUCUGCAUGACUGGCCGAAUGACAAGUGCAAAGUCAUUCUAGAGAAUAUCAAAGCUGGUAUGUCUCAGGACUCGACUCUUCUCAUCGACGAAAUGGUCAUUUCCGAGCGUAAUGCGCCGUGGCGGGCGACUCAGGCGGAUUUCACUAUGGCAGUGGCUCUAUCAUCAAUGCAGCGUACGGAAACUGAAUGGCGAGCGCUUUUGGAAGCAGCGGGAUUCAGGAUCCGGAAAAUCUUGAAAUACAGAGAAGAACUCGAAGACUGUGUGAUUGUCGCCGCCCCAAAUUGA